AUGCCAAAGCCGAAGUUGCUGACAGCGAGGCGGAAGCUGAGGUUUGUUGCUCUGCUGCUGCUUCUCUUCAUUUUGGUCACGACCCUGCUGUCCCUCAGGCUUGACACUGCCGCCGAUGGCGACGCAGCAGGAGGCGACAGUUACCUCCACUCGCGAGCCGUCGCAGCGGACGACGCGGCGCUUGCCUUCAUCCCACGGAGUGUUGUAGACACGUGGAGCCGGCGGCAGUACCUGCUCGUGCUGGGCGUUCCCUUCCACGGAACGAAGGAAGGGCGGCGACGCAACCUGCAGCGGUCGACGUGCUGGCGCUUCCCCGGUGUGGCGACGCGGGCAAAUGACUUCACCGGUGAAAUGCUUGUGCUGUACGUCGUUGGGCGGCACCCGGCACACGGCUACAACUACUCUGCCGCGCUGCAGGAGGAGGCGGCGCUGUGGAACGACGUGGUCGCGCUGCCUAUGAAGGAGGGCCGUGCGACGAUGAACAAAACGGAUGGUCGUUACGGUUUCUGGGGCAUAGAGGCGGACAUUGGUUUGAGCCGUAAGGUGUACAUGUGGUUUCACUUUGCCCUCCGCACGUUCCCCACCGCCAGCUACCUUGCGAAGGGCGACGACGACAUGUUCCUCCGCGUGCCGCUCCUUGUGGCCUUCCUGCGCCUUCUGCCGCGCCGAGGCAUCUACAUGGGAGCUCAUAUUGGCUUUGCCUCAUUUGGGAAGAAGAAACUGCCCGGUUUAGCCUUCAUGGUGGGCUGUUUCUACACAUUGUCGAGAGACGUGGCGGAGGCGCUGGUGUCGUACGAGCCGCUGCGGCGCCUGGCAUACCUGCCGUACACCAAGGAGCGGGAGGAGGAGUUUAUAUUUCUCCGGUUUGAGGCCGAGGACUUCAUGGUCGGGUGGGUUCUGCUGCAGGCGGUGAAGUACAAGCCACUGAUUCACGUGAAGGUGCUGCCCUGUCAUUUCCAUGACGUCCGCAACGAUACGGGGCACUCGCAGGUGGUGCCGACCUCCAUGUGUGUCCACCAUGUACAGGGGGACGACUACGCUGCGCUCAUGGCCCGCUUCGGCAACGGCACGUCGCCCCCCGCCCGUAUACGACGGGCCCCGGGAGAUACGAUAUACCCGCUGUGCGAUUGA